AUGUCUCAGAAUUUUGGCAGUAAAGACUUUCAGAAGAAACUGCCUGAGAAAUCAACAAGGCGACCUGCAAGGGCUAGUGUGUUGGCUAGCGAAGCAACGAAACCAGCAGAAGUGAAACUUUGCAUAUUCUGCGACAAACUCAAUCAUAAUGUGGACAGUUGCCAAGCAUUCGGAGGCAAGACUCCAAGUGAGAGACGAGAAUUCUUAAUGAAGAAUGGACUCUGCUUUGGCUGUCUGAGGCAGGGACACCUUGCUAAGAAAUGUCCCAAGAAGAGUAACUGCGGAAAGUGUCAGAACAAGCAUCCCACCAUCCUACAUGGGGAUUAUGAAGCUCUCCACCCCCUGCUGACCAAGAUAGCAGUUUUACAAGACCGGACAGAGAUAGUAGAGUGUCCUCGCGAACAAAGUUAUUCCCGGAGCUUCAUCCCAGUAAACAAAUCACACAUUCCUACACCGGAAGUAGCCAAGAAGUGGCCCCACCUGGAGAACCUAUCCGACAAGAUUGCACCUUUACAGAACUGCGAAGUGGCACUGCUGAUCGGGUAUGACUGCCCAAGAGCACUGGCACCUAUGGACGUCGUUCGCGGAACGGCCGACGAACCCGUUGGUCUGAAAACGGAAUUAGGAUGGACUAUAGUUGGACGAACUAUGUGUGCGACAGAUGAGGAACACAUCACACACAGAGUACUGACAAAGCCUAUCCCGGAAGAAGUCAAGGUGCACGGGAGAGACGAAGUCAGUUUUGUAUGCCGAACAAAGAUCUCCGAGGAGAUUACGCUUCCACAGAUCAAGAUUCUGGAAAGCGACUUCCAGGACAAGAACCAAGAGACAGUAAUGUCACAUGACGACUUGAAGUUUUUGCAGAUUGUCCAGUCUGACAUUCAUCGGGAUGCAGAAGGGUUUUAUGAGAUGCCACUUCCAUUCAGGGACGGCAAACCAACAUUGCCGGAUAAUAAAGACAUGGCCAUACGACGUCUAGACCAUCUCAGAAAGAGGUUCAAGGCAAAUUCAACAUAUUACGAAGAUUACAGAAAGUUUUUGGACAACGUCCUGCAGCAUAGUGACGCUGAAGAAGUCCCGAGUAAAGAAGUUGAUUCCACUACGACUACGAGCUGGUAUAUUCCCCAUCAUGGAGUAUACAAUCCGAAAAAGUCCGAGAAAAUUCGUGUCGUUUUUGAUUGUAGCGCACGUUACAAAGGACCCUGUUUGAACGACCACUUGCUACGAGAGCCAGACCUGAUAAACUCCCUUAUUGGCGUCUUGAGUCGCUUUAGAGAAAAGUCAGUAGCAGUGAUGGGAGACGUGGAUUGUAUGUUCCAUCAGUUUCGCGUCAAUGGAGAAGAUCGAGACUUUUUGAGAUUCAUGUGGUUUCGGAACGAAGACAUGGAUCAAGAAGCAGUAGCGUACAGGAUGAGGGUACAUCUGUUCGGAGCUACUACCUCCCCUGGAUGCGCUAACUUCGGUUUGAAGAAACUUGCCGCAGAUCACAGAGGCGAAUUCAGUUCAGAGGUUUGUGAUUUCCUCACCUACGAUUUCUAUGUGGACGACGGCUUGAAGAGUUGUGCAACAACACAGGAAGCCAUCAAGCUCGUGGAAGACUCGAGAACACUGUGUGCCACUGGAAAUUUGAGGCUUCACACAUUCACCUCAAACAACCAACGCUCUAUUCCGGAGUCUGAGAGAGCCAAAGAACAGUCGCUGGACAUAAGCCUGGGUGACUCGCAAAUGGAAAGAGUACUUGGGAUACACUGGUCCGUGAUUCCCAACCAGUUUUGCUUUCGACUGAAGCUUGGUGAAAGGCCACUGACUCGCAGAGGAGUAUUGUCCGCAGUGGCCUCUGUGUACGACCCCCUUGGAUGCUUGGCACCAUUUGUCUUGAGAGUCCCCGAGAAAUUUGGAGACAUCUUCAGCUGCGAACUUCAUCACCUCUCCGACGCCAGCGUGAGCGGUUAUGGACAGUGUUCAUAUCUUCGGGUGAAGAAUCAAAAUCAAGAUGUGCACUGUGCCCUAGUGAUGGGAAAGGCUCGGGUGUGUCCUCUGAAAGUAUUGUCCAUACCAAGACUCGAGCUUGCCGCAGCUCUCGUUUCGGCGAAGAUCAGCAGCGUUUUGAGAACUGAAAUGACCUACGCAAACAUCCAGGAUUACUUUUGGACAGGCUCCAAAGUGGUCCUUGGGUAUAUCAACAACGACGCAAGAAGAUUUCAUGUGUACGUCGCUAACCGUGUACAACAGAUUCGAAACAUGUCUGAGCCGAGUCAGUGGAGAUAUGUCGAGAGUGCAAACAACCCAGCAGACCAUGCAUCCAGAGGUCUACAUGUUGACGAGCUGAUUGAGCCUAAUUGGCUCAAGGGGCCUGCUUUCCUGUGGAAUCCCAGGGUGAUCGUCAAGCAGCCGGAGGAUACCCUGCUCUUGCCCGAGGAUCCGGAAGUACGACGUGUGAUUAUCAACAGGAACAAGACGUCAGACGGAGACCACAGAUCAAUAUGUGACAGACUGUCGAAGUUUUCCGACUGGCGGAGUGCUAUCAACGCAGUUGCCGUGCUCGUCAGAUACGUCCGGAGAGUGCGGAGUACCUCUGGUGGAGGAAGACCGACAGAAGGCCGUAGCAACUAUCAUCAUGUCUGUGCAAAAGGAGGCGUUUAG